UAAUAAUUAAAAAACUUACUCACCGUCUGUCUCUAACUAUAGUCUGUGUGAUCAAGGAAGCUUCUCCGUUAACAGGUGUGCCUGAAAAACAAGUUGUUUUGAUGUUACAAAAAAAUGGGCUAUGGAAUUCAAAGAUUGGUAUGCUUUGGGGGAGUAAUGUUAGCCGUUUUCAUUAUAUAUCGGUAUCUUGAAUUUCCUUAUGGUGACGUUAUAACACCUUUGUUUUCGGCUAGCAGUAUUUGUAAAACCAAAACCGGAAGCUUCCCACACGAAAAGCCAUCUCAAAUUUCCGAAAUAUUAGGGGAAAUAACACAAGAUACUAAUAGUACUGGCAGCAGUUACUCUAUAGAUUAUGCCAAUAGUACUACUUUAGCCGCUCCCAUAUAUCGUUUUAACGUUUCUGUAUAUGACAGAAAUGUGUCAAAUUCGGUUCAAAACUUAAAAAAAGAUGAGGCACUAACAAAAAGACUUGUCCCGUUGGUCAAUUUAUCUUCUGUGACAGAAGUCUCUCAUAAGAAGCAAAAGGGAAAUGUAGUGUCGAUUUCUGAGAUGUAUGAUAUUUUAGUACACAACCGUGCCUCUUCUCGUUCUAUGAAACCUCAGUGGCCUUCAAAAGUUGAUCAAGAAUUACUAGAAGCAAAGUUGCUAAUAGAGAAUGGCCCGGUCAAGGGAGAUGAUCAUACCCUUUAUCCUUCUGUGUUCCGUAAUAUUUCAGUAUUUAGGAGGAGUUAUGAAUCAAUGGAAAAGACUCUCAAGGUUUACAUAUAUAAAGAGGGAGAGAAACCGAUAUUCCACCAGCCAGAGGCGGCUAUGAAAGGAAUAUAUGCAUCCGAGGGAUGGUUCAUGAAGCAAAUGAAAGCAAGCAAAAGAUUUGUUACUAUAAAACCAAAACAAGCCCAUUUAUUCUACAUUCCUUAUAGCUCAAAAAUGCUGAAAGCAACUCUGUCUCCCAACUCUUAUAAUCGAGAAAGUGUGGUGCCAUACUUGAAGAAAUACCUUGAUAUGAUUGCAGGGAGAUACAGUUUCUGGAAUAGAACCAACGGGGCCGACCAUUUCCUUGUUGCCUGUCACGAUUGGGCUGCAGAUGAAACAAGACAGUUCAUGAGUACUUGCAUACGAGCCAUUUGCAACACAGAUGUUGAAAAAGCAGGUUUUGAAUUGGGAAAAGACGUUUCUCUCCCAGAAACAAACGUUCGUUACACUCAAAGUCCAUUAAAAAACAUUGGAGGUAAACCUCCUUCAAAACGCAAGGUUUUUGCUUUCUUUGCAGGCAAAAUGCACGGUUACCUUCGCCCAAUACUAUUACGCCACUGGGAAAACAAAGAUCCUGACAUGAAAAUAUUCAGAAAACUGCCAAAAGUCAAAGACGACCAAAACUAUGUUGACUAUAUGAAGAGUAGUAAGUUUUGCAUAUGUGCCAAAGGUUCUGAAGUCAAUAGUCCUAGAGUUGUGGAAGCCAUCUUUUAUGAAUGUGUUCCUGUGAUUAUGUCUGACAAUUUUGUGCCCCCUUUUUUCGAGGUUUUAGAUUGGGAAUCAUUUGCAGUUUUCAUUCGGGAGAAGGAUAUUCCAGAUCUGAAACAUAUCCUUCUUUCGAUUCCAAACAAGAAGUAUUUGCAAAUGCAUCAAAGGGUUAAAGAGGUACAACAACAUUUUCUUUGGCAUGUUAAGCCAGUUAAAUAUGACAUCUUUCAUAUGAUACUACAUUCAAUAUGGUAUACUAGAGUUCUUAGAGUAAACCCAAGGUGAUUAUAUACAUUUUGACUUAUUCAGAUGUCUUAUAAAUACACAUUACAGAUUUGGUACUAUACAAUAUAAACUAAAAUGAAGUUCACAGUGUUUUUUAAGUUGUAUUUAGCUAUUUCAUAAUAUGUUAAAACGCAAAGUGUAGCUUGGUUCAAUACUAUAAAAGUAAAGUUGAAACAUGUCUCACCUAUGUUGUUUUGGUUGUCAUAGUUCACUCUACAUGUAUAUGAUACAAUCUAGUCAUUUGAACAACCAAAAUUAUGUCUUCCCUUGAAUGUGGAGUGUGAUUGUUAUUUAUUAAUUGUUAAAUGAAGGUUUUCGUGCACUUCUAUAAUUAAAGUUUCUUGUGUGCAUAAAUAAUAAAAUUCAAGGGUGGGCAACCGCCAUUGGGGCUGUAGCCAUAAUAUCAGCGUAAUACACUCUUUUUUGUAUGACUAUUAUGGACCAGCAUACAAAAGUACCAGCAUACAAAAGUACAAAACUGACAGUAGGUGAAGCGGCCAUCACCCCAGACCUUUAAUUAGUCGUGUAUGCUUACGAAACAAACAUAUUCAGCUCCCGUGUAUUGUGAGAGCACAAUUUUAGACCUAGACUUCUAGUUUCUCUCCACCAGAGAGGAUUAAAAGUUUAAAACACUAAAAGAAGAAGACGUCUUCCCCAAGGUUCAGCGUACCGCAUUAUCAUGGUGAGCAAAUGGCGUGAUUGGAUCAUUAACCUUCUGAGGGUAUUACAUGAAUAGCAUACGUAGACAUUUUGGUUCCUUGUUUUGGCAUGUAAACUCUCGGGUCUCCACCUUGGAGCCAUCGUGUAAAUAUGUUUGCGUAGUAGACAUCAAUGAGAGAUUUUGCUUUGCUGAUCAA